GCUGUGCGUGUGGUAGCAUCCGGUCAACGUAGGAGCCCAGCCCAUCCCCUGCGAUGCCGCGUGCACCCCGGUGCCGCGCCGUGCGCGCUCUGCUGCGUAGCUGCUACCGCGAGGUGCUGCCUCUGGGCACCUUUGUGCGGCGCCUGGGUCCUGAGGGUCGGCGCCUCAUGCAGCGUGGGGACCCAACGGCCUUUCGCGCGCUGGUGGCCCAGUGCCUGGUGUGUGUGCCCUGGGACGCGCAGCCGCCCCCCGCCACCCCGGAUUUCCGCCAGGUGUCUUGCCUGAAGGAGCUGGUGGCCCGGGUAGUGCAGAGACUCUGCGAGCGUGGUGCGAGGAACGUGCUGGCCUUCGGCUUUGCGCUGCUGGACGGGGCCCACAGCGGUCCCCCCAUGGUCUUCACGACCAAUGUGUGCAGCUACCUGCCCAAUACAGUGACCGAGACGCUGCGAGGCAGUGGUGCGUGGGGGCUGCUGCUGCGCCGCGUGGGUGAUGACGUGCUCACCUACCUGCUGGGACGCUGCGCGCUCUACUUGCUGGUGGCCCCGAGCUGUGCCUACCAGGUUUGCGGGCCACCACUCUACGACCUCUGCACCACAAGACACAAAAACGGGAGCCUCAUGGGCCUCGGACCCACGCUCCAGGCCUGGAAUGGCGGCAGCAGGGAGGCCGGUGUAUUCCCGGGCUGCCGCUCCAGGCGGCAGCGGAGCCACGUGGGGGAAAGCCCACCACAGGCCAAGAGGCCCAGGUGCGACCCGAUCCCAGAGCUGGUCUGGGGGCCGAGUACCAGAGACUUCUACUCAGUGACACACACCAGAGCCGCUGUGGAAGCCACGUCUGGAAAGGGCGAGCCGCUCAGGACCCGGCGUCCCUUACCACUGCUGGGCCGUGAACGCGAGGCCAGCUGCCCAUCUUCUCUGCCGUCAAGUCCCCAGUCCUCUUCCAGUCCCGGAGUGGUCGCUGAGACCAAGCAGUUUCUCUACCGCUCUGGUAGCAAGGAACGGCUGCGCUCCUCCUUCCUGCUCAACUCCCUGCAGCCCAGUCUGACCGGGGCCCGGAGACUCGUGGAAACCAUCUUUCUGGACUUGAAGGCCCUGCAGCCUGGAGCUUUGCGCAGGACGCGCCGCCUGCCUGCGCGUUACUGGCGGAUGAGGCCUCUGUUCCGGGAUCUGCUUAGGAACCAUGCGCGGUGUCCCUAUGGCACGCUACUGAGGAAGCACUGCCCACUGCCGGACACGGCCACCGCGGAGGCAGUGGGGGCCAGCGACAAGGGGUGUGAGGGGGUGGGUAUCUGCGCCCCGAAGGACACUGGCGCGCAGCGCCUGGGCCAGCUGCUUCACCAGCACAGCAGCCCGGGGCACGUGUACGAGCUCCUGCGGGCCUGUCUUCACCGGCUGGUGCCACCCAGGCUCUGGGGUUCCAGGCGCAAUGAGUGCCGCUUCUUGAAGAAUGUGAAGAAGUUCAUCUUUCUGGGGAAGUACGCCAAACUCUCACAUCAGGAGCUGACCUGGAAGAUGAAAGUGCAGGACUGCACCUGGCUGUGCAGAAGCCCAGGGGGUCGCUGUGUCCCGGCCACAGAACACCGUCUGAGAGAAGCGAUCUUGGCCAAGUUUCUGUGCUGGUUGAUGGGCACAUACGUGGUUGAGCUGCUGAAGUCCUUUUUUUAUGUCACGGAGACCACAUUUCAGAAGAACCAGCUCUUCUUCUUCCGGAAGAGUGUCUGGAGCCAACUGCAAAGUAUUGGGAUCAGACAGCACUUCGAUAGGGUGCAGCUGCGCGAACUGUCAGCAGCCGAGGUCAAGAGACAUCAGGACGCCAGACCCGCUCUGCUGAUGUCCAGGCUCCGCUUCCUCCCCAAGCCCAGCGGCCUGCGGCCAAUUGUGAACAUGGACUACAUUGUGGGGGCCAGAGCAUUCCGCAGGGACAAGAAGGUGCAGCAUCUGUCCUCGAAAGUCAAGACGUUGUUCAGCGUGCUCAACUACGAGCGGGCGCAGCACCCUGGCCUCCUGGGUGCCUCACUGCUGGGCAUGGAUGACAUCUAUAGGGCCUGGCGUGCCUUUGUGCUGCGCAUGCGGGCCCAGGACCCAGUGCCCCAGCUGUACUUCGUCAAGGUGGAUGUGAUGGGUGCCUACGACGCCCUUCCUCAGAACAGGCUGGUGGAGGUGAUCGCCAACGUGAUCAAGCCCCAAGAACACACGUACUGCCUCCGCCAGUAUGCCACAGUCCAGAGAACCACCCACGGGCACAUCCGGAAGUCCUUCAAAAGACACGUGUCCACCUUCAAGGACCUCCAGCCUUACAUGAAACAGUUCGUGCAGCAACUGCAGAAGACAAGCUCGCUGAGGGACGCCGUGGUCAUCGAGCAGAGCUGCUCUCUGAACGAGGCCAGCAGCAGCCUGUUCGACUUCUUCCUGCACCUGGUACACAACCAUGUCAUAAGGAUCGGGGGCAAGUUUUACGUCCAGUGUCAGGGGAUCCCCCAGGGCUCCAUCCUGUCCACCCUGCUGUGCAGCUUGUGCUACGGAGACAUGGAGAGCAGGGUGUUCCCCGGGCUGCAGCAGGACGGGGUGCUCCUGCGUUUGGUGGAUGACUUCCUGCUGGUCACCCCUCACCUGACACAAGCGAAAGCCUUUCUCAGGACCCUGGUCAAGGGCGUGCCCGAGUAUGGCUGCAUGGCGAACUUGCGGAAGACGGUAGUGAACUUCCCUGUGGAAGGUGACGUCCUCGGUGGCGCAGCCCCCCUGCAGCUGCCAGCCCACUGCCUGUUCCCCUGGUGCGGCUUGCUGCUGGACACACGGACGCUGGAGGUGUUCUGCGACUACUCCAGUUACGCCCAGACCUCGAUCAGAGCAAGUCUCACCUUCAGCCAGGGCUUCAAGGCCGGGAGGAGCAUGCGUCGGAAGCUCUUUGCAGUGUUGAGGCUGAAAUGCCACAGUCUGUUUCUGGAUCUGCAGGUGAACAGCCUCCAGACGGUUUGCACAAACGUUUACAAGAUAUUCUUGCUGCAGGCCUACAGGUUUCACGCCUGUGUGCUCCAGCUCCCGUUUAAUCAGCACGUUCAGAAGAACCCCUCGUUCUUCCUCCGCAUCAUCUCUGACACUGCGUCCCACUGCUAUGCCCUUCUGAAAGCCAAGAACACAGGGAUGUCCCUGGGGACCAAGGGUGCUGCCGGCCCAUUUCCUUCGGAAGCCACUAGGUGGCUGUGCCUGCACGCCUUCCUGCUGAAGCUGUCCCAUCACAGUGCCACCUACAAGUGUCUUCUUGGAGCACUCCAGGCUGCCCAAGCGCAGCUGUGCCGGCAGCUCCCAAGGGCGACGCUGGCCACGCUGCAGGCCGCAGCUGAUCCAGCCCUGACCACAGACUUCGAGGCCAUCUUGGACUGAUAGCCAGCCCUUCUCGCAGCCCAGAGUGGGUGCCAGGCCCUCAAGCCCCAUCCCAGCUGGAUCCACCCAAAGGGUCUGGCCCCUGUGCCCUGAGACCCCGAGACGUGCUGCUUGCUCUGCUGCUUCCUGGAGGGGUCUGCCCCAGGUCCUCAGGGGAGCAGAGCCUGCCCUGCCUCCACCCCCGCCCCCGGCUACCAGUUCCUAGUGACAGGUUCAUCCUUCAGUUGCCUGCUGUCAGGAGGAGGCAGGUAGGAGAAACAGGCUGGGUCAUUGGCAUCUAGAGGUCUAAAGGACAGGGACCUUUGUCACCCUUCCUGCUGUGGGGACGCCCUGGUCUGGAGUGAUGGCCUACAAGUGGUGGGUGUGUGUGGAUUCCUUCCUGCUGAUUUGCAUAGAGUCCUAAAUCCAGCUGUCCACACCCAAUGGAGCGGCACCCACCUGUCUGAUACCCCAGCUGCAUCCAAAGUCCAUGCCUUGCUCAGCUUGCCCGAGAGCAAAGGGCCUGGUCAGCUGUUUGAGGCCUGUCCCUACCAGCCACACCCGUGCUUCUGACCCCCCUGUCCCCACACCCUGCCCAGGCCUCCUGGAACCAAGUGUCCAGCGCCAUUCACCCAGCUGCCACACCCACUUCCAGAGUCCCCUGCUUUCCCCCACUCAGCAGGCCACCCUCACGGCCCCUCCUGCACCACCUCUUGCUCCUACCCCAUCACCCCAGUGAUAGGGUGAGAGCUUCAGAGAGAAGAGCCUUUGUUUAUUGUUUCCUUAGUUUUUAAAUAUUUAUCUUAGGUUUGUAUUAAAAUGCAUACUACACAAGUACUGUUACACAUGAUUAUAAAAACAUGAGUGUUGA